UGGACACGUAUCGGGGUUGUCGGCAAGUCAACUCGGCAUCUCCAGUUUUCUUGCAUAGCGUCGAAGAGGAAUCGACUUGUUAAAGCCAUGUGACAUAUUCCUCACUGUAUGUUAACUCAUUGGUGCUGAAAAUGAAGCACCAUCUGAUGAUAGGGACAUGGACACCUCCGGGAGCAAUUUUCACGGUUGAAUUCGACGACGAAGCCUCGACUCUGAAGCUGGUGAAAAGGACAAGCAUUCCGGAAGAUGAGCCGAUAUCAUGGAUGACAUUCGACCAUCGACGGAAAAACAUCUAUGGAGCUUCCAUGAAGAAGUGGUCAAGUCAUGCCGUCGAGUCACCAGAUACUAUUUCGCACGAGAUCUCGCACCCAAUGAACCAUGAUCCUCGAGCCCAGGGUACCGACACCAGGACCAGAGCAAUAUUUGUUCUAGCAGCCAAACAGCCGCCCUAUUGCGUCUAUGGCAACCCAUUCUACGAGCAUGCGGGCUACGGCAACGUCUUUUCCGUCGAUCAGAACGGCAAACUCGACAAGAAUAUUCAAAACUACGAAUACAGCGAACAGUCGGCCAUCCAUGGUAUGGUAUUCGACCCGAGCGAAGAAUACCUUUAUUCGGCCGACAUGUGGGCGGAUAAGAUCUGGACGCAUAAGAAGGCCAGCGACGGCACCCUCACCCUUGUUGGCAGCGUCGAUGCACCCUCGGCCGGCGAUCAUCCUCGAUGGGUCGAAAUGCAUCCCAGCGGACAUUACCUGUAUGUGUUGAUGGAGGCCGGAAACAGAUUGGGUGUCUACGUGAUCGAUGAGAAGACUCAUCUACCAGUCUUCACGCAGAACCUCUAUCCUCUUGUUCCUCCAGGUGUCCGAGAUCUGAAGAAGAUGUAUAGAUCUGACGUCGUAUUUUGUUCUCAGAGUGGGAAAUACCUCUUCGCAACGGCCAGGUCCAACUCAUUCAACGUGACGGGGUAUAUCAGCGCGUUCAAACUUGGACCACACGGUCAGGUCGAGCGGCAACUGUGCAUCAGUCCCACACCCAACAGCGGUGGCCACUCGAAUGCUGUGAGUCCUUGUCCAUGGACGGACGAGUGGUUAGCUCUGACCGAUGACCAAGACGGAUGGGUCGAGAUCUACCGGUGGCAAGACGAGUACCUUUCGAGAGCCGCUCACUUGGAUAUCAAAGAGCCUGGCUUCGGUAUGAAUGCUAUCUGGUAUGACUAGUAGGGUUGUGCGGACAUAGAGCGAGUACAACAGGAGACUCCUUAGCUGUACCUCCAAUUUUGAAAAGCACAUCACGUUGCG